CACGAGCCUUUGUUUGUCGGCUUGGUGAGGCAGUGGUGUGUCUGCUACGUGUUAGAGCCUGCCGCUCUUCUAUUGGCUGACGGUUCCUCACCAGACUCGAUUGUCUUUAAUGGGAAGCUUCUUGUGCUGCGGAGUUGGUAUGUGUGGCAGGAAAACCAGGGUUUCCACGCUGUGGAUUGGUCUUAUAAAUUGGCAGCCUUUGCAGUCUGCAUUGGUUUCUCUGCGGGCAUCUAUUUAGCUACAAAGACCUGAAGAGAAGCUGAUCGAUACAGUAUACAGUAUCUUUUUACGGUAUAUCAUAGAAUCCUAACAUUUAUUAUCAAGCAAAUGCCAGAAUUUGGACACUGCUGGAGCUGUUCUUGCACUUGUAGAAGACCAAAAUCUACUUUAAGUGCAGUUGGGCUUGUCAGAAGAGCCGGACAAACCAUGUCCUUACUAGCUUCUUUUGUAAUUACUGUUUAUGACUCUCUUGCCAACAUUCAUACCUUGAACCUGAUUAGAAGAGGUUUGGUCCUCUUUUUAGUGGGUGUCUUUCUUGCUUUAGUGCUGAACCUAUUGCAGAUACAGAGACAUGUGACUCUCUUUCCUGAAGAAGUUAUGGCAACUAUCUUUUCAUCUGCAUGGUGGGUACCACCUUGUUGUGGCACAGCAGCUGCUGUUGUUGGACUUUUGUAUCCCUGCAUUGAUAGUCACCUUGGCGAACCACAUAAAUUUAAGAGGGAAUGGGCAAGUGUCAUGCGUUGUAUCGCAGUUUUUGUUGGAAUCAACCAUGCCAGUGCUAAACUGGAUUUUGCCAACAAUGUCCAGUUAUCUCUUACCUUGGCAGCACUUUCCUUGGGUCUUUGGUGGACAUUUGAUCGUUCUAGAAGUGGAUUUGGUCUUGGAAUUACAAUAGCUUUUCUGGCUACACUGAUUACUCAGCUUCUGGUAUAUAAUGGUGUUUACCAGUAUACAUCACCAGAUUUUCUAUAUAUACGAUCUUGGCUCCCUUGUAUAUUCUUUUCUGGAGGCGUAACAGUUGGAAAUAUAGGACGACAACUAGCUCUGGGUAUCCCUGAUAAACCACACAGUGACUAAGCAGCUUCUGGUGAGAAGCAGUACUGUACCAAGAUGAAGAAUGGCUGCGAAGGCAAAACUCUUAUGUGAGGUCGAUGUACACAGCAUUCUGAAACAUCAUUUUGCCAGCUUACCACCUUCUUUAACAGAUAACUGUUUGUCUUCGUUGUUACCCUCAGCUGGAUAGGGUAGAUAGAGGACAGCACAUAUGCCAAUAUUUGUCAGUCACUACACACAUGCCAGUAUUUGUCAGUCUGAUGAUAUGCCUGUAAGCACAGACGAAAGCAUAUUUUGGAGGGACAAAACUUUGUUUUGACUUCAGCAGUCAGCACUCUAUAAAGUACCUGGGAACACCCACUGUGAGCUAGGUGAAACCUGGGAACACCCACUGUGAGCUAGGUGAAUGAAACUGCUGACUUCCAGCCUCCGCUGAAGAGCAUUUGUGAAAAUAAUGUGGUCUUGGAAGAUUCAGAUGGUGCUAACUUCAUAUCAUUUUCAUGUCUGCUGAAACGGGAGCAAAAGUGUGGAGGAACAAUACUGGCUUAGUUGAAAGAACACGUAAGAAAGCACCAGUGCACAUACGGUAGCCAAAGGGACUAGAGUAUUGGCUAAUAAAAUGGAAACGGCCAAAAGCAGAAAUGUCAUUUAAAAAGCCAGGCUUCUGUAGCCGCAAUUCUGUAAACAGCGCCUGUUGUUGUUUUUGUAAAGUUAUAUUGCCCAGAAGCCCGGUAAAUAUUGCACAUGUUAAGAUGUAUAUCUAGUCAGUAAUCUGGGCUUCGGGAUAUGAUAAAACAAUAAUAGUUAAAAGCAACAUGAAUAGUACUAUAGUUUUUCAUUUAAGGAACAUGGGGAACACUGCUUUAAUGGGCAAGGCAGACUGGACAACUGGAUUAUUCCCAAACUAUUAACCAGUAGAGUACAGAGUGAGAUUCAUGCAAGUUUGAAUAAGGUCUUUUGAGAAGGAACAGGCAGUUUCUUCGAAAGUGAAGUGGCCCUUAAUUCUAAUCCAUCAAUUUAUUUUUUAUCUUUGCUGUUUUAAUUCUGCUAAAAUUGUUAGAAGCCCCCGUUUCCAGUCUUUCAGUUUAUAGAGGAGUUGCACUUUAAGCUGUUUUCCUCCAAUCUGACAUUGCAGAUGUUGUGAGCAUGAUCUGCAGGAAUGCAUUUGUGAAGGAGUCCUGUCCUUUUCACUUACCUUGGUUCUUGGAAGUGCUCCUUGUGCCUUCACACUCUGUCUGUUGUUCUGAAUUAUUUAUUACAUUUAGAGAUGUGAUUUGCUUAUUUUGUGGUUUAGUGAUUUGUUGCUGGAGAUAUUCUUGUCAUAAGUUGUCUCUGAUUUAGGGUAUGAGUUUGUACAAGACAAAAUGCUGGUAUUUAUUACAAAUGUUAUGAAAAAAGAUAACCUGUCAGGUGCAUGCUUAGGUACUUCCAGCAUUGACUGUCUCUUGGAAUAUGUGUUUAAGUGGCUUGCAGUGGCAUCUGUACUGUGGUUCUUAAUUGGCUGUGAGAUCUUGAAGUUGAGUAGUGAUUGCUUUUUGACUUCAUUGUCAUAGUCUUUGUAAACUCUGCCUACCCUUUAGUAAUUACUCCAUUUAUGUUUUUCAUUUUUCUUUAUUGAGUCCAGAACCUGUUUCUAUGAUUUUCAUUUAUGUUCAGUUAGUCAAGAUGAUUAUUUCACUUAUAAUCCCCUUGUUUAUAUUGCUCUUUUAAUACCCACGUUGUUCUCAUCUUUUCUCUUAGGCAGAUGGUUCUUUUAAUGUCUUUGUUCAAUAUUUUACUGCCCAGGGAGACCUUUGACUGUGUAUGGGCCAUAACUCAUUAUUGUCAGGAACUAAGUGGCUGAAAUCAGGGUACAGGUGUGGGUGUCUGCUUUUGGUCUCCUUUGUUCUCCUCUAAGCAGUGUAGUCAGAAAAUUUAUGUGCGAGAUAUGCAGAUUUCUUAAACUGCAGUACAACAGAGAUUCGUUUAUUCUUAUCUGGAGACUUCUUUACUUGCAUGGCUGGUUAUUCUACAUAAAAUUAAAUGCAGUACCAGAGAUAUGAAGGUCCAGAAGAGAAUACUGUUUGGGGGUUGUAUAACAAUGAGUGAAAAUUGAAGAAAAUAGCCAUCUGUAUGGAUGGAUGGCAGUCACUUGAUAAGUCCAAUCAAAGGUAGUCACUUUCUUUAUAAAACUGUAAAAUGUCUAUUAGUUAAUAUUCAUAACUGUAUGCUUAAAUCUUGCCAGUUUAUUCCUUCAUGAAAGCAGAACAUACAGUUUACCAGAAUGCAUUUCUUUUUCUUUUGAAGGCCGCUUCAUUAAGCACUCUUUAUCCCAUUUCCUUAAGUAGCAUUUAGGCUGUUCAUAAGGAGAAUGUGUGAUGUUACUGAACGUAUCUUCAUGUCAGGCAUAUCCAUGACUACCCAAGCUUUUCUUUACAUUUUUGUUGUGUGGUUUUACUUUGUGGUAGUACGAAACCAACUAUGGAAGAAAAUGGGUCAGUCUAGCAUAUGAGUAGUGCCCGAAUGGCUUGAAAUUGUUCUGCAUGUCAGAAGGCUGUUUUUAGCAAAACAGACCUUUCACUGCUGGUCAGUCUUGUAACUUUGAUCAGGUGAAGCUGGAACAGUAGUUUUACUCCUGGCCUAAGGCCAUCAUUGCAGAUCUUGUAAUGUUUUUUAGGAUUUCAGAGCAGUUUGAUUUGUUGUAGUACUUUUGUCAGCCAUGGGCAUUAGAAUUGUAGGUCAUAAUGACUUCCACUGAGACCAGAAUAGUAUACAAGUUGUGUACAGAGGUUUCAUAAAAAGUACUGUUUCAUGUUUCAGAUUUGCUGUUGUCAUACACUCCAACGGAUUAUAUCUGUAAUUUUGUCAUGGGUACUGCCUGAAAGGUACUGAAUUAAUUGAUGGAACUCCUGUCCCGUGAAUUUUCAUUGUGUUGCUUUUAUGUUUGUUCGGUUUUUGUGCUUUUGAUGAGUAUACUAUGUAGUAGUACUUGGCUGUUUGUUUCUAGAACUGGAUUCUUGCUGUAAUUUUACUUCAGGAGCAGAAUGUAUGUCCCUCCCUUCAGCAGACGCAUGCAAUGCAAGUACCUUGUCAGAUUUUAUUUGAUACCCACGAGAGCCAUGGGAAAGUAAUGGGGAAAUCCUGUUGUGUAGUUUCUCUCAGGGUAAUGUCAGAUUAGGUAAUACACAUUCCUUUUGGUAAUUUCUAGAUAUAAUUGAAAUGAUAUAACCUUCAAAAACAUCCAACACUGCUGACAUGAAUCCCAAAAGUUUGGCUAGUAAUCCUAUUAAACUUUUCCUGCACUUGUGAAUUUACUUACAAGAAUAGGGCCAAUUGCCAGGUAGCGGCGUUCUUUUCAGAGCACUGGCUAUUCAUUGCUGUCCUCAUUUACUUAUUUUUCUCUGUGUCUCAUUCUUUCCACUGUUUGUUUUUUUUUCCAUAUGUGUAUGGAAAAUGGCAAUUUUUAGACAAUAUUUACGUUAAAUAUUUCUAAAACAUCAGAAUGGUGGACAAAAGAAAGUUUAGCAGUUGGGUUAUAUGUUUUGAAGUUCUUUUCCUUCAUUUGCCGACUGUAUUCUGCCUGUUCUUUGAGACUUUUCCCGUUAUUUAAAUUUAAGCAGUGGAGCAGUUUCCUUUGAAAAUGUGAAGGCUUCUCUACCCAUGCUUCUGCCUCAGGUGAGGUAUUCUUGCAUCAUGUCAGGACACAUUGGAGUCUUCUUGCAAAAACUAUGCAUUUUAAUACAUUAAUGUAGCCAAUUUUAUAUACAGGAAAAUAAUGGUUUGUUUUAUGGAGUGCACACUUUUUUUUCAAAGAACAAAGCCAAAUGUCACUUAGCGUAUCAAGUGUAGAUUGUUGGCUGUCCUUUUAAGCAAUAGCGGUACUGAAGGAAUGGCAGCUUAAUUACAGUGAAUAUUGUAAUCCGUAGGAUUUCCAUUUAUUAUUGAUCCUUUUGUAGGGUCCUCUCAUCCAAAAAGCUUUUGCUUGAAUCUAAGUGGUUUAGUGUGGCUUGCCCAUAUUUGUCAUUCUUAGCCAUGUUAAAUUAGGAUGUAAGCAGUUUUUUCCCCAGCCUUGUACUACUUGCAGUCUGUGAUUGCCUUUGGGAAAAAAAAGUGAAUUUGUCACUGCAUUUACGUUUUUGUAUCUGUAAAUAUAUAAAUUGUGCAAAUAUG